GCCAAUGAAAGGGCGCCAUUGCGGAGCCAGCCUAGCAGGGGGCGUUCCCAGAAGUGACGCUUGCGCUCAGCUGCCAGAGGGCGAUCAGUGCUGCGGCUGGUACAGCGAGUGGGCAGCAGCUUGUGGCUCUCCCGGAGGCUGCAGCUCCGCCUUACGGUAACCCUGCUCCGGCAAAGCCCCGCUGCGGGGAUGGCAGCUGAGAUCCACCCCAAGCCUCUGACUCGCAAACCCGUCCUGCUGAGCAAGGUGGAGGGCUCGCAGGACGUGGUGAAUAUGGCAGUGAUAGUGCCCAAGGAGGACGGGCUCAUCAGCGUCUCUGAGGACAGAACAGUGCGGGUUUGGAUGAAGAGGGACAGCGGACAGUUCUGGCCGAGCAUUUUCCAUGCAAUGCCAGCUCCAUGUUGUUGCAUGUGUUUUAACCCUGAAACCAGAAGGCUAACUGUGGGAUUGGACAAUGGCACAAUCUCCGAAUUUAUUUUGUCAGAAGAUUAUAACAAAAUGAACCCAGGAAAAAACUACACUGCUCACCAGGGCAGAGUAACAAUGGUUCUGUUUGUGCUGGAGAUGGAAUGGUUACUGAGCACCGGUCAGGACAAACUCUUCGCGUGGCACUGCUCCGAGACCGGGGAGCGACUGGGGAACUAUCGCACUGCUGCCUGCGCCUCCUGCCUACAAUUUGAUGUGGAGACAAGGCAUGCGUUUGUUGGGGACCAAUCUGGACAGGUUACCAUCCUUAAACUUGAACAAGAUAACUGUAGCCUUAUCACAACCUUCAAGGGACACACGGCUGGAGUCACGUCGCUGUGCUGGGAUCCUGUACAAAGGCUGCUCUUUUCUGGGAGCUCCGACCAUUCCAUCAUCAUAUGGGACAUUGGGGGGCGCAAAGGAACCGCGCUGGAACUUCAGGGCCACAAUGAUAAAGUCCAGUCAAUCAGCUAUGCACAUCACACGAGGCAGCUCAUUUCGUGCAGCGCAGAUGGCGGGAUCGUAGUCUGGAAUAUGGAUGUGGAACGACAGGAGACACCAGAGUGGUUGGACAGCGAUUCCUGCCAAAAGUGUGACCAACCUUUCUUCUGGAACUUCAAGCAGAUGUGGGACCAUAAAAAGAUUGGCCUGAGACAGCACCAUUGCAGGAAAUGCGGGAAAGCCGUCUGUGGCAAGUGUAGUUCCAAAAGGUCCACAAUUCCACUCAUGGGCUUUGAGUUUGAAGUGCGUGUCUGUGACAGCUGCCACGAGAGCAUCACUGAUGAACAGCGUGCACCUACAGCAACUUUCCAUGACAGCAAGCACAACAUCAUCCAUGUACACUAUGAUGCGACUAGAGUAUGGUUGUUAACCUCAGGAAGUGACAAGGUCAUUAAGCUGUGGGAUAUGACACCUGUUGUAUCUUGACAAUACCCAUCCUUCACUGUUGGAAACAAGAUACAGAGAAGGGAAUAUCUUCCAGUUCUAGAGGAGUAGCGCGAGAACCUAGGAGUUUAGCCUUUCAGUAUGAAUCCUUUGGAGAGGAGAAGUCAUUUGGUUCCUGUCUUUUUAUCUUUAACCAUUGGACGCAGUUUAAAAUCGUCUGUGACCUUUAGGUUUUAACAAAACUGAGCUUGCAGCUUGCUGUGUACUGCGGUAUUUUCCAUCCUUUUGGGUGAAACAAGUUGCCUGCUGCUUAGAGUACAAUAUUUGCAAUUUGUUUGCAAACAGUUCUUUUAGAGAUUUGGUUUACUUGCUGCUCUCCCUGAUUUUUGGAUCUUGUCUUCAUCAUUUUUUGUGUGUUGGCUCUCGAAAGGGAAAAGCUGCGCGGCCGGCAUUCCAACCAUUACCCGUUCCUUUGGCAGAACAGAAUAUGUGGCAGGGUAACCCAAAGCAAAGAUGCCCACAACUCUGUGCUACCUACCCCUAGACUGGCAAGCUGCUUCUGGUUUUACUGCAGAAAGGCACUGGAAUUCUAUGGCUUGGCUUCCUUAUCAUCACUUAUUUUUAACGCUACAAAGAGAGCUUGCAGAACAUCUAUUUUUCAAAGACUUCUGAACUGGUCACUGUAUACUAAAUAGUGGGGAUAUCAAAUACCGACCACUGCUUUUGGUUUCCCCAUUAAACAGGUAUGUCCAGCCCUCCAGUUCUUAUGCUAGAACUUACUUUGAUGUGGAUCAGUCCUGUACAGGAUUAUAACAGGUAGAGUAGACCCUGCUACUUCUGGGAGGGGGGGCGGCGGCAGCUAACUGGGCCCUAAAAGUUCUUCAGUUUUCAUAUGCUUCAUUUUCCUGAGGUUAUGGGAGCCUAGUACCUUUUAGCUAUGACCCUGGUCCUGUCCAAGGCUUUCCAUGUCGCUGGUCCCAUGUCUUACUUUGUCUUAAGUCAUCUUAGAUUCACUUAUAUGAAGAAGUCCACGUGAAUCCAUUGAGCAGCCAUAAACAUUUUUAAAAGGUGCAAAAUAUUUCAGUGUAAAUUUUCUGUAGAUCCCUAUGGAAAUCGCAGAUUAACAGGCCACUGGGAUGCUACAUUCACAAGAUAAUAUCUUCCUCCCCUCUUCCUUCUCUAUACUUAGGCUAUAGGGAUAUACACGACACGCAUGCAAAUAUUUUUCCUAUAUAAAUCAAAAGGUUUUUGGCUGGGAUUCAGGAAGGUUGCGGUGUUAUUUACUGUGCAGCCAAGGUACAGACACUUGACAGCUGCUCUUAUUCAUUUUAUUUUAAUCUCAGGUAUUUGUUUGAGUCUCAUUAGAUAAAUUCUCUGGAUAAAACAGACAUGGCCCCUAUUUAAUAUUCCCUGAGCAUCUCUGAGUCCUUUUAUGGGUGACUGAACCAUUCCAGUUCUUGUUGCAGACACACAUUUAUGUCUUUUGGACAAAGCACAUGAUUUAUUCAUAUCUGUUUGUCCCUUCUGGCGGCCGCACCAUGUCUGUGGGUUUCUUCACAUUCCAAUAGCGCUUUUUUUUUUUUUUUUUUUGUAAGUAAUGCACUGAAAAUCAAUAUCCCAUUAUAUUAUGGUAACUGUUAUCUUCUAGAGGAGUAAAAAGGGAAUCAUUAUCUUCUGCUCAAACACGAGAGCUGCUUCCUUGAUGUUUAUUUACUAUUUACUAGUGGCUGCCCAAUAACCUGAGCAUUCCACACCUACGGCUUGCAGCUCGUUUCAAGCUUUCUCAAAAAAACAAAAAAAAAAAA